AUGGCCAAAAUUGAUACCCGCCUCAAUGUGGCUCCGGUCCCUCCUGAUGAGAUCUUCGCCCUGAACGGUGCCUACGCAGUCGAUACCCACCCGCAGAAGGUCAGCCUAGGAGUUGGUGUCUACCGAACCGACGAUGGAAAGCCAUGGCCCCUUCCCGUGGUUCAGAAGGCCGAGAAGGAGCUUGUCGUAGACGACGACCUCUUCCGCCACGAAUACACCGCGAUCGAGGGUGACGUGCCCUUCCUAGGAAUUGCCCGGGAUCUGAUGUUCGGAUUCGAGGGCAAGCACAGCGAAGAAGAGGCCAAGUCCCGCAUUGGUUCCGUCCAGACCGUUGCUGGUACCGGUGCCAACCACCUCGGCGCCCUAUUCCUCGCCCGCCACAUGAAGCCUCGCAGCGUCUGGCUCUCCAACCCGUCCUGGGCCAACCACCAGACUAUCUGGGAGCUGGCCGGCGUGCCCCGCAAGACAUACCCGUACUACCGUGCGGCAACCAGGUCCUUCGAUUUCGAGGGUAUGAUGUCGACCCUAGAGUCCGAGGCGCAGGAAGGCGAUGCUGUGCUGCUGCACGCCUGCGCGCACAACCCCACCGGCCUGGAUCCCAACAAGGAGCAAUGGGUGGCCAUUGCCGAUCUCUGCGAGCGCAAGAAGCUCUUCCCCUUCUUCGACUCGGCCUACCAGGGCUUUGCCUCCGGUUCCGUGGAGGAGGACGCCUGGGCCGUGCGCUACUUCUUCAACAACAAGCCCGACAUGGAGAUGUGCGUGGCACAGAGUUUCUCCAAGAACUUCGGGCUGUACGGGCAGCGUGUUGGCGCGUUCCACUACUGCACCAACCGCAGCUCGACCUCUAUCCGCGACAUCGUCGUGAACAACCUCUGCCACCUCAUCCGCGGCGAGUUUUCCAUGGGCCCGCGAGUCGGUUGCAGCAUCGUCAAGAAGGUCCUGACCAGCGACGAGCUCACCGCCGAUUGGCACCAGGACUUGCAGGUCAUGAGCUCGCGCAUCAAGGCCAUGCGCAAGGCCCUCUACGAUGAGCUCGUCCGUCUGCAGACUCCCGGCACUUGGGAGCACAUCAUCGAGCAGAACGGCAUGUUCUCCUACACCGGUCUGUCUCCCAAGCAAGUCUACGCCCUCAAGGACAAGUACCACAUCUACCUGCUCAAGUCCGGCCGAGCAUCCAUCAGCGGCUUGAGCGAAAAGAACGUCGCCUACGUCGCACAGGCGAUUGACGAUGUCAUCCGCAACGAGAACUAA